GGCGCGCCCCGGCCGUGGCCCCGCGGACUUCGGUCCUUCGCCCCCAGCGGGCUCUGCCUUUCUAUCUCGGUGUCCAGGGUGUCUCCCCGCCUCGGAGCAUCUCUCCGUGUGCCUCUCCCCGGCACUUCUCUUCGCUCUUGCUGCCUCCGUCUUCACCCUCUGCCCACCCGCCCGGAGCGCGGCCAGGCCUGGAUGGACCGUGCACACCGGGGUCCGCGUCGCGCUCCCGGAACAACCUGGCUGCGGGCGGGACGGGCGGGGCGGGCGCCGCAGGGGAGGGGGGUCCUGCUAUACUGGACAGCCCCGGCCCCGCCGCUCCUGGCGACCUGACUGUCCCCUGUGACCACAGCAAGGAAGGGGCUGCAGCAGGGCGAAGAGGAACGCGGAGGCGUGGCGUGGUGACGGUGUGAACGCGGGGCCCGAAUCCGCGUGUGGUCCCGGCGGUCUACCUGGCCCCACUGACCUCGGCUUCUCCCUUGGUGAAAUGGGGACAUGAAUGACCAAAGGAUUGAAUGUUAUUGCUUACAGGACAGUGUUACAGAUUGAGUGUGCAGGGGGUGGGUGCCGAGAGGUCUGAGUUCAACCCUCACCAUGUGACUUCCUGGUUGGGAACUUCCACAAGUCGCUGAACCACGUGGAUAUCCAGGCCUGCUCGGCCGCCUGGAAGGCUGAUGGCAUGUGCUCCACCAAGGCUGGCAGUCGGCCAGAGAACAUGAGGAAGAACCGCUACAAAGACGUGCUGCCAUAUGAUCAGACCCGAGUAAUCCUCUCCCUGCUCCAGGAAGACGGACACAGCGACUACAUUAAUGGCAACUUCAUCCGGGGUGUGGAUGGAAGCCUGGCCUACAUUGCCACUCAAGGACCCUUGCCUCACACCCUGCUAGAUUUCUGGAGACUGGUCUGGGAGUUUGGGGUCAAGGUGAUCCUGAUGGCCUGCCGAGAGAUAGAGAACGGGCGGAAAAGGUGUGAGCGGUACUGGGCCCAGGAGCAGGAGCCAGUGCAGACUGGGCUUUUCUGCAUCACUCUGAUAAAGGAGAAGUGGCUGAAUGAGGACAUCAUGCUGAGGACCCUCAAGGUCACAUUCCAGAAGGAGUCCCGUUCUGUGUCCCAGCUACAGUAUAUGUCCUGGCCAGACCGUGGGGUCCCCAGCAGUCCUGACCACAUGCUUGCCAUGGUGGAGGAAGCCCGUCGCCUCCAGGGAUCUGGCCCUGAACCCCUCUGUGUCCACUGCAGUGCGGGCUGUGGGCGAACAGGUGUCCUGUGCACCAUGGAUUACGUGAGGCAGCUGCUCCUGACCCAGAUGAUCCCACCUGACUUCAGCCUCUUUGAUGUGGUCCUUGAGAUGAGGAAGCAGCGGCCUGCGGCCGUGCAGACAGAGGAGCAGUACAGGUUCCUGUACCACACAGUGGCCCAGAUGUUCUGCUCCACGCUCCAGAAUGCCAGCCUCCACUACCAGAACAUCAAAGAGAAUUGUGCCCCACUCUACGACGAUGCCCUGUUCCUCCGGACUCCCCAGGCACUUCUCGCCAUACCCCGCCCACCAGGAGGGGUCCUCAGGAGCAUCUCGGUGCCCGGGUCCCCGGGCCACGCCAUGGCUGACACCUACGCGGUGGUGCAGAAGCGCGGGGCUCCAGCGGGCGCCGGGCCGGGGACGGAGACCGGGACGGGGGCGCGCAGCGCGGAGGAGGUGCCGCUCUACAGCCAGGUGACGCCGCGCGCCCAGCGGCCCGGGGCGCACGCGGAAGACGUGCGGGGCACGGUGCCUGGCCGCGUUCCUGCUGACCAAAGUCCUGCCGCAUCUGGCGCCUACGAGGACGUGGCGGGUGGAGCUCAGACCGGUGGGCUGGGUUUCAACCUGCGCAUUGGGAGGCCGAAGGGGCCCCGGGACCCCCCUGCAGAGUGGACCCGCGUGUGAGUCUGCGCCAGCUCCUGCCUGUUGCAUCGUGUGAGCUCGGACUGCUGAUGUCCCGGCGCUGCUGAGCGCCGUGUGCAGAAUGGAAACUGUGCGCCUGAAUCAAAAUUAAAGUUCCUUAGGGUGGGAAAUGCGGGGGCUUUGCCCCAGUGACUGUAGAAUUCAAGGCUGGAGGCUGGAGGAAGCAGGUUUGGUAUAAUGGCUGGUGAGGCUACACGGAGCAGAUUCAACAAAGAAGAUCGGGAAGGGGCCUGGCCCCUGAGUUACGAAGGAGAGACUGGAGAGAUGAGCUUCCAGAGACUGCUCUCCUCACCACAUAACGCACUGGUCCAUCCUCAGCACCUGAGCCUGCCUCACUUGAACACUCAGGGGACCACACAGAGAAAUGGAUGGACCCCUCGCCAUCCAGGCAGACCGAUAAAAAGACCUCCAGGUAGGCAGAUAGACGGAUGGACCACCAACCUGGACAGACAGCCAAACCUUCAGAGAUACAGGCCACAGGUGGACAAAGGGACCCCCAGCCAGAGAGACCACCAAACAGAGCCCCCAAAAGACAGAUACCUCUGCCGGCUGGACAGCCAGGUGGACCCCUAAAUUAGACAGAUGUAAACAGAUCCCUAGCUGAACAGACACACAGACUUCUCAGACCCUACCCCAUCCCCCAGGUGGGCUGGCUGGCUGAAAAGACCUUCUGGCCAGACUCCUAACCAACCAGAUAGACUGCCAGACAGACAUCAGCCACAUGGAAUCCUGACAUCCCAGCCAGCCAGCCAGACUCUCAUCUUGAUGGGUGAACCCCAGUUGGUUGGUCACACAUGAUCCUCCGGAUUGACAGAGAAGUCCCCCAAAUGAGUACAUAUCUCCAGCUAUUCACACAGAUGGACCCCCAGCAAAUCAGGCCCUAUCUAGACCCCAGCCAAACAGACCCCCAACCAGACUGACCCCUUGCUGUUCACACAGCCUCCGGAGUAGCUGGGACUACAGGUCGAAUUUUUUUUUUUUUUUAGAGAUGAGUUUGUCAUGUUGCCCAGGCUAGUCUCGAACUCCUGAGCUAAAGCAAUCCUCCUGACUUAGCCUCCCAAAGUGCUGAGAUUAUAGGUGUGAGCCACCAGGCUCAGCCCUGUAAGAUUUGAAACACUUUAAAUGGCCCACAGUAGGAUUCCUGCUAGGAUAAAACAUUAAGCAGCUGUUUUAAAAAAAAAAAAAAAAAAAAAAAAAA